UGCUUUUCCUCAUCUCUCAUUCUAUUGGAAGCAAUUUUUUAUUUUCAUUAUUUGUCUUUGUUUUUUGUUUAAUUUUUUCUUUCGUUUUGUGAUUCCAUUAAUUAAUUGAUCUUACAUGUGUUGUUAUCAAGAUUAAAAUAAUGGAAUCAAAGUCAAAAAAUACUCCAUUGAUCACUUUUAUCCAUAAGAUUUCUGGUCAAUUGAGAAAACAAAACAUCAUUGAAAGUGAACAUGCUUAUGCUAAAUUUUGGAAUCGACAUCCUGAUCCAUCAAAUAAAUCUCGACCUGCUAGAUUCUUGUUCAUGCAAUCAUUUGCUAAAAGCUCAUCGGUUGAUGAAGAAAAUGAUUUAAUUAAUGUUGACAGUAUUGAUGAUAAACACUAUAACUCAUUAUCAUCAUCAUCAUCAUCAUUGUCAACAACAUCAUCUUCAUCCAACACAACUAAUAAUGCAACUAAUAGUAAUGGUGUUGGUGUUGGUUGUAGUGGAGAAAAUAUUGGCAAUGGUGGUUAUAAUUAUAAUCCAUUGGUAGCUGAGGUUAACGCUAUAACCAAAGGACAAGUAACAAUUACAGAGGAAUUUGCCAUUACCGAUUCGGCUCCAAACAAAUCAACCUGGUCUAAUUUAGCGCAAAGAAUUUGGGCUAAAGCAUUAAACAUUUUAUACACUGAUCGGUUAAUACGAUUGUCAAUUGAAGGCACGCACAAUGAAAUAAUAACCAAAAAAAUGAUCUCACAUAAAUGUGCCAACAAAUUUCGCCAUCUAUUUGCAUCUUUAGCCUUCUGGGAUCCAUUAAUUUUAUCCUGGUUACAUUCAACCCUUUUGGAACAUGUUUCCGGUCAAUAUUUAAUUGCUUAUCAUGAAUCAAUGUCUUUACUACGAACUAAACUUCCUCCUCUCAUUGAUCGUUUCUAUUUACCUCUUGCUCACAAUGAUCCCAUACGAAGUCGUAACAAAGGACCAAUGCCCGAUCCAAUUCAAAAUGUUCUUAAUAAUCAUAAACCUAAAAGGAUCAAAAACUGUCCACUUUUCAUUCUGGUACCAAACGGGCCACAGCCCACAAACUCAACUUCCCUUCAACGAUUGAAACAUUGGCAAAUUUUGUUUGCCUCGUUGGGUAAAACACUAUCCAUCAAUUGUCGUCCUACACUACGAGUUAAAGAUUGUCUCAAUGAAAUAAUGAAUGGAGUUCGUGAUAAAAUUAAAGAAUGUCGAACGUCAUUUACAGAGGGUCGACCGAUUAUUCUAGUCGGAUUCGGACAUUCAUCUCUAAUUGCAACUCAUGUUGCCCUUGAAGCAAAUUGUAAAGUAACUGCAACCAUUUGUCUUGGUUUCCCUUUAGCUGGUGUCAAUGGUUUUCGUGGUGAUUUAGAUGAUCCAUUAUUAGAUACAACAGUUCCAACAUUAUUUGUAAUUGGUCAGAAUGCGACAUUAUCUUCAAUUGAUGAUGUGGAAGAUUUCAGAGAAAGGAUAACCAAGACAGAGACAGGAUUAGUUGUUGUUGGUGGUGCAAAUGAUCAUCUUGUGGUUAGUCAAACAAAGCAAAGAUUCACUGGUAUAACCCAAGCGAUUGUUGAUCGUUGCAUUUCAGAUGAAAUUUACGAUUUCAUUAAUUUUGUAAUGAAUCCUCAUUUUGUACCAUCAGAAAACAAAUAUGUGUCUACAGCAUCAACCAAAAAAUCAUCUAAAACAUCAACAGGAGAUAAAGGAGAACCGAAAUUAUCUAAAAGUAAAUGUAAAAUUGAUAAACAAUCAUCAUCAUCAACAUCAUCAUCAUUAUCAACUCCAACUCCAACUCCAACACCAUCAUCAACAUCAAUAUCAACAUCACCAUCGUUAUCAGCACCAACACCAACACCAAUACCAACACCAAUACCAACACCAACACCAACACCAACACCAACAUCAACAUCAACAUCAACAUCAACAUCGUUAUCAGCACCAACACCAAUACCAACAACAAUAUCAACAACAAUACAAACAACAAUACCAACAUCAUCAUCAACAUCAACAAAAAAAGCCGAUCCGAUUUCGGCCUUCGAAAGUGGCUGCACGAAAAAAAGAAAACGCUUCGAAAACAAUAAAAAGGUGAAGAAAAGACAAAAGAAAUCAUCAUUAUCAACACCAACACCAACAUCAUCAUCAACAUCAACAAAAAAAGCCGAUCCGAAUGUGACUGAAAAAGUCCUGAAAACAAGCCCCGAUUCUGAAUUGUAUUGAUAAUUGAUUAGUACUCUCAAUGUUCAUCAUCUUGAAAAAUUUUCCAACUUUCUCUCAACUGAUUUUCGGUCACCCGAUAAUUUCAAUUUCCAUAAAGUUAUCAUACUAAUUGAAAAACAUUAAAUAAAUUACGUGAUUGAUUAUUUUUGGUCAUACGAAACCGCCAA